AUGGGGUAAACCUGUACAAUGAAUACUUGUUGUACUAAGGAAGAGAUUUUAACUAUAAAAAAUUCUGGUAGAUCUCUAGAAAUCUAAACUAAAAAGUCAAAACAUUCUCAACAAAUAAAUAAAGAGGAAGAAAAAGUUGAGAAUAAAACAUAAAAAAAGAAAAGUGAUACUGUUUCUGAUUUAAUGGCAUCAUCACAACAUAGUAAGAUGUCCAUUAAGUAAAUUGAAAAGAAUCUUCCAAUUCAAAUUUAAGAUGCAAAUUAAAAUCCUAUUAUACAAAAGACUGUAGGAGUAGGAGAGAGAAUUAAGCUUUCAGUAAAAAUGAUAUAAUAUCUAGGUAAUAUUAUUACCAAAUGGUGCAUAAUAUGAAGGAGAAUGGCUAGAAGGCAAGAGAGAUGGAUAUGGAAAAUAAUCUUGGCCAGAUGGAUCUAUAUAUGAAGGAGAAUGGAAAGAAGAUAAAUCUUGUGGAAAAGUAAAAUUGAAUAAAUAUAAUAGGGAAAACUUAUACAUGCUGAUGGAGAUGUUUAUGAUGGGGAUUGGGUAGAUGAUGCUGCAAAUGGAUUAGGGACUUAUGUACAUGUGAAUGGGGCCAAAUAUUAAGGAGAAGUAUAGGUUUUAACACAUUAGUAAGUGGUUAAAUGAUAGUUAACAUGGAAGAGGUAUAGAGAUAUGGCCAGAUGGAGCUAAAUAUGAAGGAGAUUAUUAGUUAGGUAAAAAGCAUGGCAAAGGCAAAUUAAAUUUUGCUGAUGGUUCUUGUUAUCAAGGUAACUGGCACUCACAAUUUAGGUGAAUUUUAUGAUAAUGAAAUUCAAGGCUUUGGGAAUUAUUAAUGGCCAGAUGGAAGAUUGUAUGUAGGAGAAUGGAUGAGAAAUAAAAUGCAUGGUAAGGGUGAAAUUAAAUGGCCAGAUGGAAGAAAAUAUAAAGGAGUAUUUUUAAUUAUAAUAAAUGAGGAAUAUGAAAACGAUAAGAAACAUGGUAAAGGAGUGUUCAUUUGGGAAGAUGGAAGAAAAUAUAUUGGAAUAUGGUAGGGAGGUAAAUAACAUGGAGUUGGAAUUUAUUAUUCAAGUGAUAAUGUAAUGAGAAUAGGAGAAUGGGUAGAAGGAAAGAGAGUAAAAUGGUAUGAUAAAGAAGAAAUAAAUGAAUUAGAGAGAAAAGGCAUAAUAGAUGACCUUAGAAAUUAAUGA